AUGGAGGCCGCGGUCGCUCACGCUCCACCUGCUCCGGCCCUGCGCCGCUCGCUCGCCCUCAACCCCACGCCCGCCGUCCGGCCGGACCCAAAACCCUGGCAGGGGGUAGUGCUCUCGGCGAGGCGCCAGUCGAACGCCGUCAGGUGCGAGCCGUCCCGGCGCCCACAGGCGCGCCUGCGCGCGGCCGCCGCGGCGCAGCCGGGUGGUGCUGACGCGGCAGCGGCCGGGAGGAGGAAGCGGCUGGCGGUGUUCGUGUCUGGAGGGGGAUCCAACUUCCGGGCGAUCCACGAGGCCGCGCUAGGCGGGGCCGUGCACGGGGAUGUCGUCGCGCUUGUCACCGACAAGCCAGGUUGCGGUGGCGCGGAGUAUGCCAGGAGCAAUGGUAUUCCUGUGCUCGUGUUCCCGAAGUCCAAGUCUGCACCCGAGGGGAUUUCGGUUGCUCAACUGCUGGAUACCCUGAGGGGAUACAGUGUAGACUUUGUUCUUCUUGCUGGUUACUUGAAGCCUAUACCCGCUGAAUUGAUCCAGGAAUACCCGAAGUCCAUAUUAAAUAUUCAUCCUUCUCUCCUUCCGGCAUUCGGAGGCAAAGGUUUUUAUGGUUCAAAGGUGCAUACAGCCGUUAUUGCCUCUGGAGCAAGAUACUCAGGUCCAACCGUACAUUUUGUGGAUGAGCACUAUGAUACUGGGAAAACGUUAGCCCAGAGGGUUGUGCCUGUGUUUGCGGAUGACACACCAGAGUUAUUGGCUGCAAGAAUCCUUCAUGAGGAGCAUCAAGUUUAUGUUGAAGCAGUUGCUGCUUUGUGCGAGGACCGCAUUGUAUGGAGGGAAGAUGGUGUCCCACUUAUCAAAAGUCGGAUAAAUCCUGAUGUGUACCUCUAA